UGGAACUACAAAAGAUACUUUCCAGUGACUAUCCCGAGGAGUACUCUGCUGAGUUUUAUGCAUCAUAUAUUAAUAUUCUCCUGGGUGUCUUCUACACUGUGUGCAGGGACAUUAAGGAACUCCGUCAUUUAGCUGCUCUGAACUUUCCAAAAUUUUGUGAACCAGUAAUGAAAGGAGAAGCAAAGGAAGGCGAUACACAUAAGUUGUGGAGGAACAUGGAGCCACAUUUAAAAAAGGCCAUGCAGACUAUUUAUCUCCGGGAGAUCUCAAGUUCACAGUGGGAAAGGAUACAACAAGAGGAUAGCGAAGCAUCACAACUGAAAGGAUUGUCUGCCCAUGCUCAUGUGGAACUGCCUUAUUACUCCAAAUUUUUGCUCAUUGCUGGAUAUUUAGCCUCGUAUAACCCUGCAAGGACCGACAAAAGGUUUUUCCUCAAGCAUCAUGGAAAGAUUAAGAAAACAGACUUCCUGAAAAAGCAUGAAAAGACUAGCAACCAUCUACUUGGUCCCAAGCCAUUUCCUCUGGAUAGACUUUUGGCCAUUCUGUACAGCAUUGUGGACAGCAGAGUGGCUCCCACUGCAAACAUCUUCUCACAGAUCUCUUCUCUUGUGACACUUCAGCUGUUAACCUUGGUGGGUCAUGAUGAUCAGCUGGAUGGACCCAAAUACAAGUGUACAGUAUCGCUGGAUUUUAUUAGGGCUGUGUCAAGGACUGUGAACUUCGAUAUUGUUAGAUACUUGUAUGAUUUUCUAUGACCAGGCUUUCCCUAGGAGGAAUACUGAAGGA